AUGAUCGACUUCAGGCUUCUCAUACACCACACACAUAUCCUCCAUUGUAUCUACAAAGAGAAGAUUGAAAAGCUUUCAAAGAGUGAUCGAGAUUCAGGAAUGGAGGGGAGAGGAAAAAUCUCACUAGUGGAGUGGUUUUUCUACAGCGAGUGCCUGAAAAAUCACGCCGUCAAGCUAGGAACGACCGCAACGGAUGGGUGUGGCGAACGAAGGCAACGACAACCAACAGAGAGAAGAGCAGGAGGUGCCACCGGUGAGGCGGCGGCGGUGCAAUCUGAUGACGGCGAGAUAGGACAGCAGCAGAAGCUGCAGGAUGAGCAGACGGCAACAGCGGUGAUUGUGGCAUUGGCGCCACAGAAUACGGUGGCACCUGCGGUGAAUGUGGAGAAUCUUACUGCGGGGGAGGUGGUGGAAGAUUUGGAUGGGAGGAAGGCAAGGACAACGUUCAACAACGAGCAGAAAGAGAGAAUGCGUGUUUUUGCUGAAGAUCUGGAGUGGAAGAUGGUGAAAAACAGAAUUGAUGAAAUUGAUCGUUUCUGCAAUGAAAUCGGGGUGUCCAGGCAGAAUUUCAAGAUAUGGAUGCACAACCACAAGAACACCUCUGCUUCCUCUGUAUUGGCUUCCAUGGCUCAUCAUGUGUAG